GCUUUCUCCUCCAGGGGGAGGGAACAGGGCUGGCGCCGGUCGCGGGCAUUGUUCGUCUCUGAGUGCGCCGCCUCCGCCCCUUCCCUCCGCCGGAGAGCUGGCCGGGCCGGGUGCCCGGAGAGGGCAGAGGGGUGGGGGAGACGAGCGGGCCCGAUUCUCUUCUCCAAGCACCGGGAUCCCCGCGGCGCCCAGCCUUGCGUUCAGCGGGUGAGCUGCGGCGGGAGGCGCCAUGGCCGACAGGGCGAGAGCGGCGCUGUCGGAGUCGGGCUGGUAUCUUUCAGAUGAAGGAAUCGAAACUUGCAUAAAUUCAUCUGAAAAAGUCAAUACGAAUGACAUUAUCCUAGUUGCACUUAAUACAGAUUUAAGAACCAUUGGCAAGAAAUUCCUCCCCAGUGACAUCAAUGGUGGAAAGGUGGAAAAGGUAGAUAAUAUUCACUUCUCUUGUUGCGAUUUCUUUGUGAUGACAGUUAUCUGUACUGCAUUAGUCUCUUUUUGGCAUUAUAUCAUGUACAAAUUAAACCAAUAUUUGAGGAUAAAUAUGUUAACACAUUAGCUUGUGCACUAGACU